CAUAGACUGAGCAACACAAUUAUCAAACGACCUCAAGCUCAGCUCAGCUCAGCCCACAGGUAGAGUACGUGGCUGCAGUGCAGCGACGGAAGAGUUCGCCCCUCACUCGCUAGCUAGCCAGCUAUCUCCUUUGAGCUGAGUCACCGGCUCACCGCCAUGGCGCUCAGCCUUCGGGCCGCCGCGUCCCUCGCCGCUCCGCCGUCGGGCGCACGCGCCCGCCGACGCCCCGCCUCGGUGGUGGUCCGCGCCACGGCGUCCCCUGCGGCGCUCGACAACCGGAACCGGCGGCGAGAGCAGAACGUCUCCGGCGAGUUCUUCGUCGAUCACCGGUGCAUCGACUGCGCCACCUGCCGGUGGAUGGCGCCGGAGGUGUUCAAGAGGGUGGACGGCAUGUCCGCCGUGGCGGCGCAGCCCAGCUCCGAGGAGCAGAGGACCAAGGCACUGCAGGCUUUGCUCUCUUGCCCAACAGCAUCGAUCCACACCGACAAGCCGGCGAAGGACAUUCUCCAAGUGCAGAGCACGUUCCCGCUCCCCAUCGAUGACGAUCUUCCUGGUGUUUAUCUUUGCGGUUACCAUUCCGAAGACUCAUAUGGAGCAACAUCUUAUCUUAUAAUUCACCCAGAAGGAAACAUAAUGGUUGACAGUCCAAGGUAUACGCCGAAACUUGUGGACAAGAUCGAAAAACUCGGUGGAGCGCGCUACAUGUUUUUGACCCACAUUGAUGAUGUAGCGGAUCAUCGGAAGUGGGCUGAGCGGCUGAAAUGCGAGAGAAUCAUCCAUUCAGGAGAUGUAGUGGACAUUACUGCUGAUGUCGAGCGGAAACUUACUGGAAGUGGUCCCUGGAACAUUGGAAAUGAUUUUGAACUUAUCCAUACCCCAGGCCACACCGAAGGAUCGGUCUGCUUGUUGUACAAACCGCUAAAGGCACUAUUCACUGGCGACCAUGUCGCAAAAUCAGAAUAUUCAGACGAACUGAAUCUCUUUCGGAUGUACAGCAAGCAAUCAGUGAAUUUGCAACUGGAUAGCAUGAGGAAGUUAAUGGACCUAGAUUUUGAGUGGUAUUUACCUGGGCAUGGCUAUCGAAUCCGGUAUGAAGACGUACAUGCCAAAAAUGCAGCUAUUGAGUCUCUCCUAGCUAACUACAAAAACUAGGGAGCAUCUUGUGACAACGUACUUCCCAAAUAAGGAUUCCAGAAUAAAGGGACCAGGUUGAUAUGGAGUCCUAGUAUCCAGCGAAAUAAUGAUCGAUGCUACUGCUUUUACAUUUCUCCAAACAUUAUGCUAAUGCUUAUAUCAAGUACUAGUACUUGAUAUCUCUCUCCAAGAUGUAUAAGGGUUGGGCAUGCUUAUAUCAAGUUACGGACAUUAUUGGGGCA